AGUAUUGACAUUUUGAAUUAUAAGUAUUUUUUUAAAUAGUUGAGGAAAUUAUUUACAAAAUAGAGCUGACAACGCUGCUUGUGAGUUUGUGAUUUGUGUUUAUGGAAUUUAUGAGGUUAUAUUUGAUCUUGUCAAUGAGAUAGUCAGUAUAGUUAUUUUUAAAAUAAAAUCGUGGAAAAUUAUGUAAAUUAAUGAGAAAUAGCAUGCUCUUAAAAUAAUGAAUAAGCAGAAAGUAUUGUUUUUAAUAAAAACUCUUUAUUGUCAAUAGAAUGCCUUUUAAAUUCCACUUGAAAAAAAGUCGUCAGUACAACGUUGUUUCUAAAAACCAGUAUGUAAUAUGCGUUGAACUUCUAGACUCAACGUCUAUAGAAUGUACUCUGAGUAUCGACAGUCUUGGUCAAGAAUGUCUGACCAGUGUAACACAAAGACUAGGCUUAGGCCAGCCAGAAUUUUUUGGUCUAUGUUAUGUAUGCAGACAUGGAACUCCAGCACCAAAAUGGGUGGAUAUGGAUAAACCAUUAAAAAGACAACUAGAAAAAGAUGCUAAGAGUUUCAAUCUAUAUUUAAGAGUAAUGUUUUAUAUCACAGACAUUCAGUAUAUUCAAGAUGAAAUUACAAGGUACCACUACUACCUGCAAUUGAAAAGUGAUAUUUUAGAAGAUAGAAUAAAUUGCCAUCCUCAACAAGGCACAUUAUUGGCAAGUUAUUCAAUGCAAGCAGAAUUUGGAAACUAUGAUGCUGAGAGGCACAGACCAGAAUUUCUUCAACAGUAUACAUUUUUCCCAAAGUCAGUAAUAGACGCUGAAUCUGGUGGGCAAGAAACCCUUUUGAAUAGUUCACUUUGCCAAUAUAAAAUGUUAUCAGGCAUAACACAGGCAAAUGCUGAAGAGUACUACAUUACAAUGGUAAUGCAAUUGGAAGGAUAUGGACAUGAAACAUUUACGGCAAAGGAUGAAAGUAAUACAGAAAUUGUUCUUGGCAUUUCAAUAAAUGGCAUAAUGGUGUGCUAUCCUAGUUUGCAAUCAACACAUUUCUACAGAUGGAAAGAUAUAAGUAAUGUAAUAAAUCAUAAAAAAACCUUCAGAAUAGAAUGUCAAACAGAAAUACAAUUUGCUAAACAGUUUACUUUCCGAGAAUCACGUAGUGCGAAAUAUAUGUGGCGACUUUGCAUAGCUCAACAUACAUUUUACAUGCAACAUCAACAAAUACCACAGCCACCGGAUCGAAUGGCUAAUACUUAUUUUGAUAAUGAAACCAAUGACUCCAGCGAGCAAACUCCGUCUGUUAAUUUGGACACUACUGGAACGGAAGAUUACACUCGCUGGACAAGUUAUAAUGAUCUUUCAACUUCUCCUUGUCCAGUCGUUUCAGUGUCAACAACAGAUAUUAACAAUUUACGUGCCUUAUUGCCUUCUUAUCGACCAGCACCGGAUUACGAGACUGCUGUACAAAUGAUAUGUAAUAAUGGUGGAAAUAACUCACAGCCUUAUUAUGCUAAUCAGUCUACAAUUGUUGGAGCUGAUUUAUGUUUGAUAGGCAAUGUCCAUAAUCCCAACAGAUAUUAAAU